AUGUCAUCUCAAACCCGAGUCAAAGUCGUUUUCGGCGCCAUGACAUUCGGCGCCGCGGGUCAAGAACAAGCGCGGGUGCACGGCCUCCAGGACCAACAAGCCAUUCUCGACGUCUUCGCAAAGCACGGACACAAGGAGGUGGACACUGCGCGCGUGUAUGGCAACGGCACCAGCGAGGAGAACCUGGGUCGAUUGAAGGCUUCUUCCCAUUUUCAAAUCGCUACGAAAAACUUUCCUUCCAGACGUCGACCUUUGCACAAGGAUGGCGCAGCUUACGACCACACGGCGCCAGAGGUCCAUCGUUGCCUGGCAGACUCGCUCAAAGCUCUUCAAACAGAUUGUGUCGACCUAUACUACCUGCACAGUCCAGACCGCGAUGUUCCCUUCGCCGAGACGCUAGGUGCGUUGAACGAAGAGUACAAAGCGGGCAAAUUCAAAAGGCUCGGUAUCUCCAACUACACCGCGCAAGAGGUCGAGGAGAUCAUUGCCAUUUGCGAAAAGAAUGGGUUCGUCAAGCCCAGCGUGUACCAGGGCAUCUACAACUCUGUUGUUCGUUCGCCAGAACAGCCGCUAUUCCCUGUGUUGCGCAAGCAUGGUAUUGCCUUCUACGCUUUCAAUCCACUGGGCGGUGGGCUCUACACUGGAAACCUGAAGUGGGAGGACAGCGAUGACAAAGAGAGUCAGGAGCACAAGAUCGAAAAGGGGUCUCGCUUCGAUGCCAACACCAAGCAGGGAGAGAUGUACCGGAAGCGAUACUUCAAGAAGCCCUUCUUUGAUGCGUUGGAAGUUCUGCGACCCGCCGCGGACAAGCACAACUUUUCCUUGGCCGAGGUGGCCCUGCGCUGGAUGCAGCACCACUCCAAGCUGACGCCCGACCAUGGAGACGCAAUCAUCAUUGGCGCGUCGAGCUUGAAGCAUAUCGAGCAGAAUCUGCUCGACUUUGAGAAGGGUCCUCUGCCUCAAGAUGUGCUGGAUGCCGUGGAGAAGGCAAACCAGCUCGUGUCUGAAGUUACUCCUCCAUACCAUCACUAG